UGCAAGUCUUUCCAGGAUGAAGCUGCCAGACCAGGGGGGUUUUGAAAGCUCUGAUGCUCAUGAAAAUGCUCGCUCGGAGGAACCGGACAGUGGCCUAGGCCCUGGCCCUGGCCUUGAUGGACCCUCAGGCAUAGACAUUGGGGAAUCUCAGGUGUCUAAGGACCCUCUGCUCUUCAUUCAACUAAAUGAGCUGCUGGGUUGGCCCCAGGCACUGGAGUGGCGAGAGACAGGCAGGUGGCUGCUGUUUGAGGAAAAGCUAGACAUGGGCGCAGGCCGGUGGAGUGCUCCCCAUGUGCCUACCCUGGCACUCCCCAGCCUCCAGAACCUCCGAAGUCUGUUGGCCGAGGGCAUUGUCCUGCUAGACUGUCAGGCUCAGAGCCUCCUGGAGCUUGUGGAGCAGGUAGUCAGUGGGGAGUCACUGAGCCCAGAACUGAGAGGACAGCUUCAGGCCUUGCUCCUGCAGAGACCCCAGCACCACAUCCAGACCCCAGGCAUCAGGCCCUGCAGAGAGUCCAGUGCUUUCAGAAAGGCUUCUCGUGAUGAGGACGCCCCACUGAAGCACCAGAACCCCUUGAGACAGAAGCUGCCCGCGGGAGCUGAGGCAGCGGCCGUGUUGGCAGGAGAGCUGGGCUUCCUCGAACAGCCACUAGGGGCCUUCGUAAGACUGCGGAAUCCAGUAGUGCUGGAGCCUCUUACAGAGGUGAUCUUGCCCAGCAGGUUUUUCUGCCUCCUCUUGGGUCCUCCCACCCUGGGAAGGAGCUACCAUGAGAUGGGACGGGCAGCUGCUGUCCUCCUCAGUGACCCGCAAUUCCAGUGGUCAGUUCGUCGGGCAAGUCAUCUUCGUGACCUUCUGGCAGCUCUGGAUGCCUUCCUGCAGGAGGUGACAGCUCUACCCCCGGGUCGGUGGGACCGGACAGCCCGGAUUCCCCCACCCAAACACCUACCCUCUCAGCACAAAAGACUCCCCUCGAAACUGCAGGAGGUCACCAGCCUCUCCCGCCAGAGUGCUGCCCUGACAGAAGACAAGCGCCAUCACGGACCGCACACACCCAUCCCAGAAUUGCAAAGGACAGGCAGGCUCUUUGGGGGUCUUAUUCAGGACGUGCGCCGGAAGGCAUGUUGGUACCCCAGUGAUUUCCUGGAUGCCCUACACCCCCAGUGUUUCUCAGCUGUGUUCUACAUUUACCUGGCCACAGUCACAAAUGCCAUCACUUUUGGGGGUCUUCUGGGAGAUGCCACUGAAGGUGCCCAGGGAGUGCUGGAGAGUUUCCUGGGCACAGGUGUGGCUGGAGCUGCCUUCUGCCUGAUGGCGGGCCAGCCCCUCACUAUCCUUAGCAGCACGGGGCCAGUGCUGGUAUUUGAGCGCCUACUCUUCUCUUUUAGCAGAGAUUACAGCCUGGACUACCUGCCCUUCCGCCUGUGGGUCGGCCUCUGGGUGGCCGCAUUUUGCCUGGCACUGGUGGCUACAGAGGCCAGCUUGCUGGUGCGCUACUUCACCAGAUUCACAGAGGAAGGAUUCUGUGCCCUCAUCAGCCUCAUCUUCAUCUAUGAUGCCGUGGGGAAGAUGCUGAAUUUGAUCCGUGCCUAUCCAAUCCAAAGGCCAGGAUCUUCUGCCUAUGGUUGCUUCUGUCAAUACCUGGGCACAGGAGGAAACAAGUCUGAAUGGACAAGUACAAAGCUCAAAGACACAGAGGACGUCUUAAGCAUGCCAGGUCUGGCCAAUGCUUCCUUCCUGCCUCCGUCUGAGUGCAUCCGGCAAGGAGGCCACCCUCGCGGCCCCAGCUGUCACACGGUGCCAGACAUCGCCUUCUUCUCCCUUCUCCUCUUCUUUACUUCUUUCCUUUGUGCCAUUGCUCUCAAGCAUGUAAAGAACAGCCGCUUCUUCCCCUCUGUGGUGCGCAAGGUGUUGGGUGACUUUUCCUCAGUCCUGGCCAUCCUGCUGGGCUGUGGCCUUGAUGCCUUCCUGGGCCUAGCCACGCCGAAGCUCUUGGUGCCCACAGAAUUCAAGGUGAGAGCCGGACAGAAUGAGGGGGCGAGGAGGAAGUGGGGCCAGCAACUUGGAGUAGUAAUAAGAUUCAUAGUUCCCAUACUGGAGCAGAGGCUGACAGGCUUGGUGGUGUUCAUCCUUACAGGUGUCUCCAUCUUCCUGGCACCUGUGCUCAAGUUCAUCCCGAUGCCCGUGCUCUAUGGCAUCUUCCUGUACAUGGGGGUAGCCGCGCUCAGCAGCAUCCAGUUCAUGAAGAGAGUGCAGCUAUUGUUGAUGCCCAGGAAACAUCAGCCAGACACGCUGCUCCUGAGGCAUGUACCACUGAGCAGAGUUCACCUCUUCACAGCCAUCCAGCUUGCCUGCCUAGGUCUGCUUUGGGUAAUCAAGUCUACCCCUGCAGCCAUUGUCUUCCCACUCAUGUUACUGGGCCUGGUGGCAGUCCGGAAGGCACUGGAGUGGGUCUUUUCACCACAGGAACUCCUCUGGCUGGAUGAGCUGAUGCCAGAGGAGGAGAAGAACGUCCCUGAGACCAGGCCGGAGCCAGAGCACUUGUUCAGUGGAAAUGACAGUGAAGAUUCAGAACUGAUGUAUCAGCCCAAGGCUCCAGAAAUCAACAUCUCUGUGAAUUAGCUGGUGUCACAGUGGGGAGACCUCAGGAAACAGACACAGGUACCAGAGAGAUGGUUCAGCAGUCACAAGCACUUGCAGCUCUUCCAGAGGACCUAAGUAUGAUGCCCAACAUCUAUAUGGCAGCUUAUUACCCUCCCUAACUCCAGUUCCAUAGGAUCCAGUGCCCUCUGCUAGCUUUCUUGAGCAUCAGGCAUGCAUAAGUACCCUUAAAUACAUCUGGGCAAAAUAU